AUGAGUUACGCCUAUCCACGCAACAUAGGUGCUUCUACUCUACCUUCUUUCAUCCCCUCGAAAUCCCCGAGAACUGUUGAUCACCCGUGGGGUGGCUUUCCCAGGGCCGCAAAACAAUGGAUUGCGGAGGGUGCCGAUAGCCUUCGAACGGCGAGGCCUCGGAACAGACAUGAUGUGCGGAGGUCCGCAGUACUCGUCUCCAAGCGUGUAUUUACCAUUGCCAAUGCUGUGAUCCUGCUGUGGGUCUUGACGUUGUGGUGGGGGGAGCGAACGGUCUUUCGAAAAAGUAUAGAGGCCUGCGCUUGGGAGAAUUGGGAAAGCUGGCCUCAAGGUGCAAUACCGCAUCACGUCGCGUUCAUCGCCGACCCCCAACUUGUCGACCCCCACACCUACCCCGGCCGGCCAUGGCCACUCUCAUCUUUGACUGUCCAGUAUACCGACCAGUACCUCCGACGGACAUUUUCAUCCAUUCAGCACGAUUUAAUCCCCGACUCGGUGUUAUUCCUGGGUGACCUUUUUGAUGGCGGUAGAGAAUGGGCAACCAGCACGACCUCUAGUCCAGAAGACCGUUAUGCGAAAUACAAGGAUUCCUUUUGGAAGAAGGAGUUUGGUCGCUUUAUGAAUAUCUUUUUGGAACCUUGGCUCAAACAAAAUAUGUCUCCUCUGGAAGGUCGAGGUCGGAGACUGAUCGCAAGCUUGCCAGGCAACCAUGACCUAGGAUUUGCUUAUGGGAUCCAAGAGCCCGUGCGGGAUCGGUUCGAAGCCUACUUCGGCCAGGGUAACCGAGUUGAUGUCAUUGGCAACCAUACCUUCAUUUCGGUGGACACGGUCUCUUUGAGUGCGAUGGACCAACCAAACCCGCAGACCGGGAGUUCCAGCUCCAGCUCAAAUGACGAAAGUCUCCCUCCGCCUAUCUGGAAGGAGGCAGCUGACUUCCUUGAUAAGGUGCCCGCAUAUCGAGCGAAAGCUGAGAUGGAUGAACUCCGGAUGCUGCAAAAACAGCCUGAUGGCAUUCAAUUCGAUUACCGGGUAGUGGAUGUGAAGGAGCCCGCCAUACAUGACAAUAUUCCAAACACUUCUCUGCAGCUCCCUGCCAUUCUCCUCACCCAUGUCCCCCUCUAUCGCAAACCAGCCACCCCCUGUGGUCCCCUUCGAGAGCGCUACCCACCGUCGUCGGCCACCGAGGAUUUGGAGGAAGAUGAACCAAAUUCACUGAGAAUUGCGGGUGGCUAUCAGUAUCAGAAUGUACUCACUCCGACCAUCUCGACCGAAGUGGUUUCCAAAGCAGGUCCCAAUGUUGUGCAGGUCUACUCCGGGGAUGACCAUGACUACUGCGAGCUGAUUCAUCGAGAAUUCAACGGCUCGCCUAACGAGAUCACCGUGAAGAGUAUCUCAUGGGCGAUGGGCGUCCGAAAGCCUGGUUUCCUGAUGACUAGUUUAUGGAAUCCCCUUGACCCGCACACGGGCGAGUCCACCCUGAAGGGAUCUUCGCCAACCAUCCAAAACCGCCUCUGCCUUCUUCCCGACCAACUGAGCAUAUUCAUCUACUAUGCCUGUACCUUGUUGUUUACCGUUGCGGUUUUACUUAUGGCCUCAGUCUACCAUGCAUUCUUUGCCCCAGAGCCCCCGUCUUCUAAUGGCUCGCUCCUUCCCCUCUCCGAAAGACGCCCAGGUUCCUCGAAGCGCCAGUACCCCACUUCCGGUAUGUCCAGUUCCACCUUGUCUGGUCCAGGCGGCCUGGCCGGUCGUGGCGGGGGUACUGUCUUACCCCGUCGCUACUCCGGUGCCCAACCUCCCCAGCUUGCUUAUUGGGCCCUAGAUCAAGAUGAUAUUUUGACGACCACGUCAAAAGACAAAGGUCUUUACCGCCCAGCGAGGGCUCAUGGAUUCCGCCAAAAAUGUGGCCACAUGACCGGGAAUUUCAUUAAGUCCACCCGGGUGGUUGCACAGGUUGUUUUACCUGUUUAUUUGUUUUUGAUCUGGCGCUGGUAG